AUGGCCCCACGACGCAGCUCGGGAGGCUCCAGUAGCUCCAGCAGCUACUACAGCGACGACAACCCCUGGUCCCAAGAGAUCCAGUUCUCCUUGGAUGCCGUGCGGUCCAAGAGUUUAUUCAUCGCGGGAUUCGCAUUUGACGUCCUCACCAUCCUAGCCCUGAUUAUCUUCCUCGUUUGGGCUUGCAUCAUCCCCAAUGGCCGAGGACAGCUGAAGGGCGUCCUAUCUGCCCUGUUCGCUUACCUUACUGCCAUGAUUUGUAUCCUGAUUUAUGAGAUCUUCUUCCUUGCAGACGCCACCGUCACCAUGUACUAUGUCAUCGACUUGAUGCUGAACGAGCUGUUCUUCUUGUUGGCCGGUUGUCUUCUCUUCUUCGUCUUCUACAAUCUCAUCCACAGUCUCUUGGAUCGCCUCACCGAUUCGGGAAAGCCAUACGCGGUGGUGGCUGUCGUCCAUUGGGUCCUUCUCGGCUUGGUGUCCCUGCUCUCGCUGGCGACCUUUGCCUUGUUCGUGGCGGUUGAGGUGCAGUUUGUCCAGGAAAACUACAAUUCGUCCCUGGGCAACCACUAUUUCAAGAUGGAAAGCGCACGCGGUAUCAUUUGGUGGAUUCUGUCGCUGGAGAUCGUGGCUUGGUUCAUCUUCAUUGCCGUCAAGGCUGGAUCGCAUCGCUUUACGUCCAAGCUCCCCGUCUUCUCUCUGAUUGUCGGCAGUGUCUCCUGGAUGGCACUGAACAUGAUGUAUGCCGUCAUUUACAUCCGCUACACGCUGGAAACCAACACCUCCAUCGCACCGAAGUACCUGAACACCGUGGAAUCGGUGUGCCAGUUCUUCUUCGUGGUGGGUAUCUUCGGGGGGAUUCUUCUGGCGUGCAUGAAGUGGCGCAACGUGGAUGAUCGCCCGGACAAGCAUGGCCCAGAGCAGUAUCCCGCCGGCACGGGCCCCUACCAGUCCUACCAGCACUACCAGCAACAGUAUCCGCCGCAGGCGCAGCAGUACUAUCAGCAACAACCUUACCAACAGCCCUAUUCGCAGCCGCCUCCCCAGCAGCCUCUGCCCCAGGCACAACCGCACCAAGACAAAUAG